AUGGCAGAAGUGAUGGUGCUGGUUUCCAAAGGUAAUGAUGGUAUCACCGAUGUUGGAGAAAUGCAAGUUGUUGUUGGGCAAGAUAUGGCCAAGAUCACAGACUCUCAAAACCCCUCAACGCUCCUCCCUUCUUCUCUUGUCAUGGCCGGACUAAACCCUGAUCUAGUCAGGGAAAAUCUCGCCGCCGCCGGCGCCGACCCCUCCGACGACGACGAAUGCCCUAUCAAGGAAGUCGAAUUAACAGUCCCGAAAACCGACGAUCCCACCAUGCCUGUACUCACUUUCAGAAUGUGGGUUUUGGGUAUAACUUCAUGUGUGAUUCUAUCGUUCGUUAACCAGUUUUACUGGUAUAGAACUGAGCCAUUAUCGAUAAGCUCGAUAGCAGCGCAGGUGGCGACGGUGCCGCUUGGUCACUUGAUGGCUCGAACGAUUACUACAAGGGUGUUCUUCAAAGGUCAAUGGUGCGAGUUCACGAUGAACCCUGGGCCUUUUAAUAUCAAAGAACAUGUAUUGAUUACGAUCUUCGCGAAUUCUGGUGCUGGAAGUGUUUACGCGACUCAUAUUUUGAGUGCUGUGAAGCUUUUUUACAAGAAGGAAUUGGCUUUUCUUCCUGCCUUCAUCGUCAUGCUUACUACACAGGUUCUGGGAUUUGGCUGGGCUGGACUUUUCCGGCGGUUUCUGGUGGAGCCCGGUGAGAUGUGGUGGCCGUCGAACCUGGUUCAGGUCUCCAUUUUUAGAUCAUUGCACGAGCAAGAAAAGAGACCAAAGGGUGGCACCACACUAAAUCAAUUCUUCAUGAUCGUCUUAAUCUGCAGCUUCGCUUACUACAUUUUCCCAGGAUACUUUCUCCAAAUCUUAACAUCAGUUUCAUGGAUAUGUUGGGUCAACAAAAAAUCCAUUCUAGUCAACCAACUCGGGUCGGGUCAAAAUGGUUUAGGAAUCGGUUCAUUUGGACUCGAUUGGUCCACAAUUGCAUCAUACCUCGGUAGCCCACUUGCCAGCCCAUGGUUCGCAACUGCAAAUGUCACCGUAGGGUUUUGUCUUAUGAUGUUUGUGGUCACACCAAUUGUUUAUUGGUCGGAUAUUUAUCAAGCCAAAACCUUUCCCUUUUACUCCACGGAACUUUUUAAAGGUGAUGGUUCACGUUACAACACGACUGCAAUAAUUAAUUCCAAAUUUCAACUCGAUAAAGUUGCGUAUGCAAAACAAGGCCCAUUGUAUAUGAGUGCUUUCUUUGCUAUGUCUUAUGGUCUUGGUUUUGCUACACUUACCGCAACUAUUGUUCACGUCUUGCUCUUCAAUGGAUGGGAUAUAUUGGACAAGAUGAAAGGGACAUUUAGGAAAUCGAAGAAAGUUGAUGUGCACACGAGGCUUAUGCGGGCGUAUAAACCGGUCCCAAUGUGGUGGUUUUAUGUUAUUUUGGUGCUGAAUAUUGCUCUUAUUAUGUUCGCUUGCAACUAUUAUGCCGAUAUUCUUCAGUUGCCAUGGUGGGGUGUCUUGUUAGCUUGUGCUAUAGCUAUAGCCUUUACGUUGCCCAUUGGUAUAAUCUCUGCCACCACAAAUCAGGCACCAGGGUUGAACAUCAUCACCGAGUACAUGAUCGGUUACUUGUAUCCCGGACGCCCAGUUGCAAAUAUGUGCUUCAAAGUUUACGGAUAUAUCAGCAUGGUUCAAGCCUUGACUUUUAUCCAAGACUUCAAACUCGGACAUUACAUGAAGAUUCCACCAAGAGCCAUGUUCAUGGCACAAGUUUUGGGAACACUCAUAUCAGUCGUUGUAUACCAAGUAACUGCGUGGAUGCUAAUGGGGAGCAUCCCUAACCUCUGCGACACCACCUUGCUCCCAAAAGACAGUCAAUGGAAGUGCCCGAUGGACCAUGUGUUCUACGAUGCUUCUGUAAUUUGGGGAUUAGUUGGCCCACAACGGAUUUUUGGAAACCUAGGAGUUUACCCUGCGAUUAAUUGGUUCUUCUUGAUUGGAGCGAUUUUGCCGCUGAUAGUUUGGAUUGCUCACAAGUGUUUCCCGACGCAGAAUUGGAUUCGAUCGAUUCAUUUUCCGGUGUUGUUGGGUGCUACGGCGAUGAUGCCUCCGGCUUCCGCCGUGAACUAUACGAGCUGGAUUUUGAUGGCGUAUCUCUCUGGUUAUGUUGCUUUUAGGUAUUAUCCGAAUGCGUGGAAACGGUAUAAUUAUGUUCUUUCCGGUGGCCUUGAUGCUGGAACGGCGUUCAUGAGUAUUUUGUUGUUCUUGGGACUGCAAACGACGGGGGUUUCGGUGAACUGGUGGGGGAACGACGGUGAAGGCUGCCCGGUUGCUACUUGUCCGACAGCCAAAGGGGUUGUGGUCGACGGUUGUCCUGUUUUUAGUUGA